AUGGUUCUAACUUUGUGGAAUGUCCUUUCAAAAUUUUCAGAAAAUCCUGACCUGAUCAAAGCUUAUGUUGAGCUAAGUAGUUUUUGCACAUUCAGGAUUCACCAUGGGGGUAUGUUCACAAAAUACCCAGGAAGACGUUAUGUUGGUGGGAGUAUUGACUAUAUUGACUACGUAGACAUGGACGUGUUCUCCGUACAUGAGUUAGACGAUAUGAUGAAGGAGAUAGGUUAUAUCAACGGUGAGCCUAUCUACUACCACUUCUUGAUUCCAGAGAUUGAAAUCGAUUAUGGGUUACUUCCUUUAGGUAACGACUCAGACGUACUUUUGUUAAGUAAGCAUGUCGCUAAUCAUAAAGAGAUUAUGGUGUAUACUGAACAUGGAACUACUAGACUCCAUACAUACUUUAUGUCUCCAAAUAAGGUCGUAUUGGAAGAAAUCAAUGAGCCUAUUUCUUCGGAACUCAAUCGAAAAAAGUUUACAAGUACAGAGGUAGGAUCAUGUAGUAGAAAAUUGGACUUGAAUAAGAACUAUGACUUUUCUAGGUCUGUUGUACCUUUUGGACAUUUUGAUAGAGAUGUAUUGAAAGAUGUUGGAGUUCAGCCUGCAAGUGAGGAGCUUAACAAAGCCCAAGAUGUUGGCCCUUCAUAA